GAAGAUAGUCAUCUGCUUUCUCACAUACUUGUGGAUGGUCCGAGGUAAUCCUAUGAAUGAUCUCGGGUCGUUUAAUCAAGCCCAGCAAGUUAACUCAUCGGGAGCUGGAUGGAUAUUGGAUCUUGACCUGAAAAAGCUUUGUUGCCAAUUUUGUGAUGAUAAACCGUCGGUUACUGCGAGCACCUACGUGUCCGAAUAUCCUGAGGUUGAGUCAACUGAAGCAACAACGACCACUCUUCGAACCACUCUUAGGCCAAAGACUCCUCGCACAACAACUCCCAUCACAACAACGCCUUGCCCAACUCAACCACCUCAAACAACACCUUGUCCUAUGCAGUCGCCUGAAACUACCCCUUGUCCUACACAACCGCCUGAAACUAAACGUUCUUCUACACAACCGCCUGAAACUACCCCUUGUCCUACACAACCGCCUGAAACUAAACGUUCUUCUACACAACCGCCUGAAACUACCCCUUGUCCUACACAACCGCCUGAAACUACACCUUCUUCUACACAGCCGCCUGAAACUACUCAUUCUUUAACCCAACCGCCUCAAACAACACCCGGUCCGACGCAACCGCCUAGAACAAAACCGCGCCGGACCACAACUAGAAGAAAACCAACGAGACGCACAAAGUCACAUACCACCACUGCAGCAACCACAGAAUAUUAUAGCGAUUAUUAUUAUUCGGAGAGUGAUACUAUGGAUACGACGACAACUUCAACUACAACUCGCAGAACAAGUCGACGUACGACAACUACGUCCAAGGCGACGACAACGCCUGGAAGCCAAAUAGAUUGCAAGGGUGCUCUAGUCAUAGUCAGCGAAAUUCGCUUAUUCCUUGAGAUUGCCAUCAAAACGCAGGCUGAGUACAACUAUCUGAAUGCGGACAAAACACAAAUCUUAGCUGCCAUGCGCGAAUUUGACGUCAAGCCUGUGAUGAAAUAUCGGAUAAUAGUAAAACUGCCAGAGGGCAAUUGUGAACAAUUGGAAAUGUAUGCAAUGAAUCCAGUAUGCGAAACAGAUUUCUGUGUACCGAAAAGCCCGGUGAAGGUGGAUUGCCCAGAUAUUUUGCCUUCUUGUCCUUCGGUGCGAUUUUAG